AGAAGUUCGGACGGACGCCAGCGGACGCGAGGAGGGCAAUAUAGUCCCCAUCGUCGUCGUCACCGUCCCCAUCGUCAUCCUUCCUCGGGAGAUUAACCCUGUGGGCCCCGGAGCCCUCGUCCUUCUGCUCCUUUUGCCCAGGCCUCUCUGAUUAAAUCAUCUUGAGGUAAUUCGGCAUGUCAUUGAGACAGAUUAACGGCUGACCUUCUUCUCCCAGGAUAGGGCUGGGAGCCUGCCGGGGCCUCGCCUCGCUCGAUCUCCAACGCCACAGAGACCUAGGAGCAAGGAAACGAAUUUGUUGACCUUCGGACGGAGCAGAAGAGGACUCCAAAGUGCCAUGGAGCUCAAGGAGAAGCUCCAGCUUUGGGUCUGAAGGAGGAGGAGGUCCAAAAGGAGCAACAACGGUGGACCGAAGGGAUUUGCCGCUGAUCGAAAGCUCCUUGGGCCUGGCCCUCGCCGGAGCCCACCAUAAAGAUGAGAAGGAUGCCCCACCGGAAGAAGCGCAAAGCCCAGGGCUAGCCCCUUCCCCUCUCGGCCUGGAGCCAGCGGCAUGGUCUUGCCCGCGGCCAGCAGCAACAUGGAGCUGCAGCCGGACAAAGGGCUUUACGUCCGCAACAACACCGGCGACUGGAGGCUGAGCUACGAAGAGUUUCGGAAUCGCAGAAACUCCAUCCCACCGACAAAGACGCCCACCGCCAAGCACAUGUUGGCGUACCUGCCCCGGCCCCCCACAGAAACAAGCAGUUAUGGAACCUUCACCCAGAAGCCUGAAAUGAUUGCCGUUGCGAUGGAUCCUUUUGAUGAGACCCACCCUGGAAUGGAAACCACAACCGCCAAGAGAAGUGCCCUGCAAUGCAACUACGUCUCCAUGUCCUGCAGUGCGAACAUCCCCAACGACAGGUCCGUCCUUCUCCAGAGGAGGAUGAGCACAACGAACGGGACCUACAGUACCGUGGUGCCAAUGAAGCAACGGCCCAGCGUCUCCAUCAACACAGAGGAGCUGCCCAGAUACCAUCGCUCCUCCCGGACAGAUCCACCGCCACCUUCACUGCUGAGGGAAUUGAAUGCACGGCUUUAUCCUCAACACGCUUUCGGUUCGCCCAACAUGAACUCCGGGCGGAACAAAACCCCAACCCGCAGCAUCAUCUCUGCAAACACCUCGGAGAAAGGGCAAAACAAGCGCUGCAAACUCAUGGAGGACGACCAGAAGUUCAGUUCAAGCAACAGACAGCAAAGGCAGCGCUACGUAACCAAGGUCGGCAAGUGUCAGGUGAACUUGGGCAACAUCCAAGAGAAGAAGAGGUUCUUGUCGGACAUCUUUACCACCAUUGUGGACCUCAAGUACCGGUGGUUCCUCUUCGUCUUCAGCAUGUGCUACAUCAUCACCUGGGUGGUCUUUGGCAUCAUAUAUUACUUUGAUUCCUGGAUACGGGAUGACGUUAACCAUAUAGGUGACCCCGACUGGAAACCUUGCAUCGAGAACCUAGAUAAUUUUAUCUCUGCUUUACUCUUUUCUGUAGAAAGCCAAAGGACGAUUGGCUACGGGUCUCGGAUUGUGACAGCCAACUGCACGGAAGGGGUCAUUUUGCUCAUGGCCCAGUCCAUCAUUGGCUCUAUGAUCGAUGCCCUCAUGGUGGGAUGCAUGUUUGUGAAGAUCUCCAGGCCCAAGAAGCGCGCCCAGACCUUAAUAUUUAGCAAGAAGAGUGUGAUCUCCCAUCGGGAUGACCAACUCUGCUUCAUGUUCCGGAUCGGGGACCUCCGGGACAGCCACAUGGUGGACGCGAAAAUCAGGGCCAAGUUGAUCAAGUCCCGGCAAACGAAGGAAGGGGAGUUCAUCCCUCUGGAGCAGUCGGAACUCAACCUGGGCUACGACACAGGCGAGGACCGCCUCUUCCUGGUGGAGCCGCAGAUCAUUUGCCACAUCAUCAACGAACAAAGCCCUUUCUGGGAGAUGUCUGCAGAAGCCCUGAAGAGGGAGCAGUUUGAAAUCAUCAUCAUCCUUGAAGGCAUUGUGGAAGCCACAGGAAUGACGUGUCAAGCCCGUACGUCCUACGUGGAGGAUGAGAUCCUUUGGGGCCACCGCUUUGAGCCCUGCAUGAGCUUGGAAAAAGGCGCCUUCCGCGUCGACUACACCAGAUUUGAGAAGACCUUCGAAGUCCAGACCCCAGGAAUCAGUGCCCGCGAGAUGUACGAACAGAAGGAGAUGGAGAACCGUGAUCAAUCCACCCUCAGCUUGUACUGGGAUCAUCUGGUGCACCCUUGUUUCUCGACAGAACUCAACAACGAAUCUCGGCAAGGCGAUGGUCCCAGCGAGGCAGGCCUCUCCAGGCUGGGCUUCUCCAACAUCACCGAAGAAGAGAGAAGCAACGAGUGCCAGAACCUGGAGGCCAGCGUUUGAAGCAACCACCACCGUUGGCUUCUGCUCAACCAUGAAGGUCUUAGUGUUCUUGAGGUCAAUGAAGUGGUGCAAGUUGGGUUGAUUUCCCCCCCUCUUUGAGCAUUUUACUUCCUCAUAUUGGUGGAUGUCUUGAGCUCCUUGCAAAGGUACCAGGAAAGAAGAGCAAUCCAUGGAUUGUCUUGGUUUGUUUGGGAUUUAUGCGCUCUAGUACUGAUGGCUUCAGGUUUCUCUUCCAAUCGCUUGCCUCCAUCUUUGUGGAGUAAUAAUAAUAAUAUUGCACUAUAGUCAUGCGUUUGGGGGCUGGAACCCCUUCUAAAGAGCCAUGUGUGGUCAGAAGCCUUGGUUUCUGCAAGUAGAGUUCUGAAGCCCUUUCAGAAGAAAGAGCAGCAUCUUCUCCCAACUUUCGCAGGCAGGACCAUCGAGACCGAACCUGGGGAGCUUGCACACGUUUGCUUGAAUUUCCUUUUCACUUUAUUUUGAAAUGAAUGAUGGGAAAAGCUUGGCUGCUUUGCAUCGGUGCUCCGGGGUGCAAUUACGGAAGUGUCUCCUUGAUGUUUCUUACAGUGCCAUACUGAACUCUCGGUGGAGGUGGUCCCCAUUGCCCUGACCCACUUGGAGUAGCUGGGCCCCUUCUCCUCCUCCUCCUCCUCCUCCUCCUUUUUGCCUCACAGAAGCCUUUUGCUCCUGAACUCAUUUUACAGUCCCUUCGCCGUCUUAUCUGACAAGUGGAAUUACCUUUACCAAGAAGCCGUGCUCUUCCACAACAAGGGUGUGGGGAGAACGGUGGGACGAGGGAAUCGACGGAUAAAUAAAAAGGUUUCUUUUUGAACAACCUCAUGGGGCU